AUGAAAUCAAGACUUAAAAUUAAACAACGAGAGGUACUUUCAUCAUCUAGUGAUGAUAGUGACAAAGAUAAUGAAAUGAAAUCAACAGCUUCUAAAGAUUCACUUACUCUAUCUCCAAAACGUUCAUCAAGUCAAAUCCGAAUUCGAAGAUUAUUGUCAUCUUCAUCAUCCGAGGAGCUAAACAAAAAUAAUGCAGUUGCAGUAAAACAUUCGAAAAAGGCGAAACUUGAAAUAAAAGAUAAAAAUAAUGCAACAUCUAGUCAAAACCAAAAGAAAACAAAAAGAAAUAAUAGAACUAAAAAUAAGGAAAAAGACUCUUCAACUAAACGAAAAACUGGUCGAAAAAAUAUUCGGAAAAUAAUUCACGAUAAAGAUUUAAAUGUAAAAACAAAAUAUGCUAUUGAAGUCGAGCGUCAACGUCGAAAACGUUUAGCUAAUAUACAAAAAUUAUACAAUAAUACUCUACUUAGACAAUCAUCUUUUAUACCAAAUAGUAAAAGUUAUAAAUCAGAAAAGUCAAAUCUUCGUUUAAUACUCGAAUUCGAUAAAAAAACAAAUAAAUCUAAUAUUGAAGUUUCACCAAAAUUAGUUGCACAUCUAAAAAAACAUCAAUAUGAUGGAAUAAAAUUUCUAUGGAAUAACGUCUAUGAAUCGAUUGAUGCAAUAAAAACUAAAAAACAAAAUACUAAUGGUUGUAUUUUAGCUCAUUGUAUGGGUUUAGGAAAAACAUUACAGGUUAUUAGUUUUAUUCAUACUGUUUUUAAUUACAGUCACAUAACUAAAAUAAAAACAUGUCUCGUUCUUUCUCCAGUAAAUGCUGCUCUGAAUUGGUCAAAUGAAUUUAACUUUUGGUUGAAAGAUAUUGAACCAUCGAUUAAUCAUUAUCAAUUAACAAUAGUUGAACCUGAUUUACGUGUUGAAUAUUUAAAUAAGUGGCAUGAAAAUGGUGGAGUUCUUAUUAUAGGUUAUCAGAUGUAUGAGCGAUUAGUAAAAGGUAUUGGAAUUAAAAAUAAAAAAAUUCAAAUUGAUGCAUAUCAUUGUCUUGUUGAUCCAGGACCGGAUAUUGUUGGUAAUGUAAACCAUCAUUGUUUUAAAGAUAUUUCAUUUGAAUUUUCAUGUUUAGUUGCCGAUGAAGGUCAUAUUUUAAAAAAUGCUCAAACAUCUAUUGCAAAUUGUUUAUCAAAAAUCAAGACAUCUCGUCGUAUUGUUUUAACUGGAACACCAUUACAAAAUAAUCUUCUUGAAUAUUAUUGUAUGGUAUCCUUUGUUAAACCAAAUUUACUUGGUGAUCGAGAUGAAUAUAAAAAUCGUUUCGUUAAUCCAAUUGAAAAUGGUCAACAUAGUAAUUCAAAUGAACCAGAUGUUUAUUUAAUGAAAAAACGUGCUUAUGUUUUGCAUGAACUUUUAACUGGUUUUGUUGAUCGAAAAGAUCACUCAUUACUGAAAGAAUAUUUACCACCGAAAUUUGAAUAUAUUAUUAAUAUACGAUUAAGUCCUUUACAAUCAAGAUUAUAUUAUCUAUAUUUACAAAUAAAAGUUACUAAAACACAACGUUCACCUCGAUCAAACCAACAUUUUAAAUCAGCAAAAUUAUUUGCUGAUUAUCAAUAUUUACACAAAAUAUGGACACAUCCAUUUUUACUCUAUCCAUAUUUUAUUAACCGCUGGAAAAAAGGACUCGAGAAAAAUGAUGAUCGUUUAAAUAAUGACAAUGAAUUAGAAGAUAUUUUUCGUGACGAUAAUGAACUAGAAACUGUAUCUAUUGAUGAUGAAGAAAAUAAGUCACCAUUGGAAAAUAAUUUGAAUGAUUUUUCAAUGAACAAUAUUCAAAAUGAAGUGGAUGAAUAUCAAUCUCUGACAUCAGCAACAAUUGAUUCUGAUUCAUCAUCAACUGAUAGUGAUGAAUAUAUUGAUAUAGGUAAAGAUGAUUCAACGCAAAGUAGGUCAUCAUCAACAACUGUUGAUUCAAGUGAAACUGAUAUAGAAAAUAAUAAAAAUUAUAAUGAUGAUGAAAAUGAAAAUUCUAUUAAGCCAUGGUUAAAUCAAAUGCGUAAGGAAUUUUGGUUUGAUUACUUAGAUAGUUUAUCCAAUCAAAGUGAAUUUGAUGUAGAAUUAAGUGGAAAAAUUUUAUUAUUAAAAUUUAUUAUUGAUAAAUGUGCUGAAAUCGGUGAUAGAAUUCUUGUAUUUUCACGUAGUUUAUAUUCAUUGAAUUAUAUUGAAAAUUUUCUAAAACAUUUACAGAUUCAAAAUGAAAAAAAAUAUCAAACACUUUUAUUAGAAAAGAAUAAUCACAGUAUACCUACACCAGUGCAGUGGGUUUCUGAAAAAGACUAUUUCCGAAUCGAUGGUAAAACAAAAAUUUUAUUAAGAAAAAUUUAUAUAGAAACAUUUAAUAAUCCUUCGAAUUCACGUGCUCGAUUAUUUCUAAUAUCAACAACAGCUGGUGGUAUUGGAAUUAAUUUAAGUGCUAGUAAUCGAAUUAUUAUUUUCGAUGCAAGUUGGAAUCCCAGUAAUGAUGCUCAGGCAUUAUUUCGUUCAUAUCGUUUCGGUCAAAAGAAACCACUUUAUGUCUAUCGAUUUGUAUCUCACGGCACAAUGGAAGAAAAAAUUUAUCGACGACAAGUUGUUAAACAAUCACUUUCAAAACGUGUGGUUGAUGGUCAUCAAAUAGAUCGGCAUUUUACUCGACAGGAUAUAAAAGAAUUAUAUGAUUUUCAAUUAGAAGAAUUACCAAAAGCUCAAUCAACAUCAACAUAUCCAACAGAGUCAAAUACUAAUCUAAAUUCUUCAGAGCCAGAAGAUCGUCUUUUAUUUGACCUUUUAAAUGAACAUAAACAUUGGAUAUAUUCAUAUCACUCUCAUGAUUCUUUAUUAGAAAAUAAGAUUGACGAGAAUCUCAGUCCUGAAGAACAAAGUCAAGCUCUUGAAGAAUAUGAAAGUUUAAAACAAUUACCUAUUCAACGUCAAUCAUCUUCUCAAUGUCUUCCGCCACAACACUCAAAUUCUCUUGUUACAAAUAAUACAGUAAAUCACAACAUUCCAGUUUGUGCUAAAUGGAAACGAAAUGGAGUGACCAUCGUUGGAGAUCAUAGAGAAUGCAAUGACAUCGAUAAAAUCUAUUGGCCUGUAGAUUUGUUUGUUCAUGACGAUGAAACGAUAAUCUUUACUGACUGGGCUAAUGAGCGUGUUGUUCGUUAUAACAUGAGUAGUAAGAAUAAAGAAGUUGUAGCCGGUGGCAAUCGUACAGAUAGUCAAUUGAAUUCGUUGAGUGGUCCUAUCAAUGUUUUAAUGGACAAAACUACAAAUAGUCUCAUUAUUUGUGAUCGAGGGAAUCGACGAGUGAUACGACAAUCUUGUCAGCAUGAUAUCACUAAAACAGAAAUUCUUGUCAAUGAUGUCGCUUGUCGAGGAUUGGCUAUGGAUGAUCAGGGAUUUCUCUACGUCGCUGACCACAAGAAACAUGAAGUAAAACGAUAUCGAAUAGGAGAUAAAGAAGGGACCAUCGUUGCGGGUGGCAGCGGGCAAGGUAAUGGUCUACAUCAACUAAACAAACCAAGACACGUUUUUAUUGAUAAAAAGCAAUCUAUUUAUGUGUCAGAUAGCGGCAAUCACCGCGUGGUGAAAUGGGGUAAAUAUGCGAAAAAAGGAAUUAUUGUUGCUGGAGGUCAUGGCAAAGGAAAAUCUUGGAAACAAUUAUCGUUUCCGUAUGGUCUGUUCGUUGAUGCGUUAGGGACCGUCUAUGUAGCAGACUCGAGGAAUGAUAGAGUGAUGCGUUGGCUUAAAGGUGCAAAAUUCGGUACUGUCGUUGUGGGUGGAAAUGGAAGAGGCGCAAAGGCAAAUCAGUUUCACUGUCCCAGUAGCUUGUCCUUCGAUCAAUAUGGCAAUCUUUAUGUGGCUGACUGUUGGAAUCAGCGGAUUCAACGUUUCUCUAUUGAUGAUUCUCGGGCGUAGCUAUGUGAGAUUUUAGACGUAAAUAACGUACACUUGAUCUAAUCUCUUAUAAUUUGAGAAAUAUGUAACUACCUCUUAGAUGUAGUAGCUACACUUUUCAUCAUUUCAAGAAUUUAAAUUGAAUUGUAUAAAAUAAGUUUAUUUGUCAAGCAAGAAGAAAAUAUUUUGUGUAACAAAUUAAAAUAUAGUAGCAAUCGAUACAGUGCUGGCCAUAAGUCCCGAUCCUGCUCCGCUAAAGUACUUCAAUAUUUCAAGCUAUUGACUUGAAUUUUUGGCUGCAUAUGUCUAGUGAGAAAUACUGAUCGUCAACACCAUCUCAAGGGUGUGAGUGUGGGGUGUGGGUGUGGAUGUAUGGGUGUCGAUGGGGGGGUGGGUGUGGAUGUGUGGGUGUCGGUGUGGGGGGGAUGUCGGUUUGGGGGUGUGCGUUGACCUCUCUAUUCUCUUCCCCCGCAGUACACCCCCAC